AGGUUGCAAAUUCCUAUGAACCUAACAAGAGUAAGAGAUUGGAUGACCUAUUGUCACUAUCACGAGGACCUGCUCAAAGUGUAAGUGUUUUACAGGUUAUGUCCUAAAUGGUUUUCGUUUUCACACAAAGGAUUAUGACAAAAAUUUGAGGACUCAAAAUAACGGAGUCGUUGUAGUUGGCGAUGAUGGAGUUGAUCUGAAUGCUAUAGACUACUAUGGGGUUUUAAGAGAGGUCAUUGAGUUAAAAUUUCUUGGAGGAAGAUCAUUAGCUUUGUUUAGGUGUGAUUGGUGUGAUGUCUAUGAUAAGACAAAAGGGCUGAAAGUGGAUGAACAUGGGUUUGUGAGUGUCAACCUGAAUAGAAUGUUGAAGACAAAUGAGCCAUUUGUCCUUGCAAGUCAAGUAUCCCAGGUAUUUUAUGCAGAAGACAAUGUUAAUAAGAACUGGCACUUAGCUGUAAAGGUGCCACCUCGAGCCAUGGAUGUGUUGCUAAGUGAAAUGGAUCAGCCUAUGGAUUGAUUCUGGAAAGGGACUGUUCUGUUUGGAUUCAUUACUCUUUUUGUUGGUGGUGAUGAGAUUUUGGGGUGAUGUUCAUGGAUACUCUCUCACAGCAAGCUCCAAGAAGACGGUGGUCUACACAGCAAGC